AAUUUUAUACCAAAUCAAAUUAAAAUGGGAAACGAAAUAGUAGAAUCAAUCAAUAAAUAUCUCAAAUAGCUCUUCAAUUUUUGGGUCGUGAUCGAUUAGGGUUCGUGCUUGUUAUUGCCGCCUCAGUGAUAACAAUCGCGCCAACUCUUGAACGAUCCAAUUCAUCUUCACCUUCUCCUCGCUCACACUCAGAUCCUUCCAAUUACGCUUUCUCACUUUGACUGCCGCCACCAAACUAGCAUGUUCUUCAGUGCUUUCCUUACAGAUAUUUGAUGCUUGGACGCGUAGGGAAAGCUGCUCAAUCUAUUCUUAGAACUCACAGAAGCAAAUAUUUUGAAGCAAGUACAAAUGAGGCUUUUACCUCAGUGGGACCGAAUAUCAAGCAAUGCAGGAUGUACUUGCAAUAUAAGUUUCCUAGUGCAGGACGUAAUUCAUUCUUGUGGCACUGGACAAGAGGAAACUUUCACAAAGGCUGUUCUUUUAGGAACUUCUCUGUAAUUUCAGUACGUAAUGUUGCAGCAUAUAAUUCUCGAAUAGCUUUGAAGUUUCUGUAUAAAAAAUACUCUUCCAAUGAUCAUAAGAGAUUUACCUCCAUAAAUAUGAUUGCUCAAGCAAUGAGCCUGGCUUUGGCUCGUUCGUAUUUGCUGGUUCCUGGUUUUUUGACAUUUGCAUGUGGAAAGCUAGCAUUGGCUCAACAAAAUGGGGCAGAGACAGAAUUUUACCCAUCACAGAAUGCUUUGUAUAUGCAUGCACAAGAUGGGUACGGUUACAUGUUUGCAUUUGUAUUCAUUGUAGUAGAAGGCUUUAUCUUGUUAGCAAGAGCUAUCUACCUGGCCAUAUUAUUCUCUCCAAGCAUGCUGAUGGCACCACUUGUAGAUUAUUUUGGACCAGAAUUCAGAAAAAUGUGGUUACGGGUUGUUCAUCGCACACUAGAAAAAGCAGGUCCAGCGUUCAUAAAAUGGGGUCAGUGGGCUGCUACCCGGCCUGAUCUGUUUCCUCAAGAUCUAUGUACCAAGCUUUCUGAACUUCAUACCAAAGCACCUCAGCAUAGUUUUAGCUACACAAAGAAAACUAUAGAGAGAGCAUUUGGUCGAAAGAUUUCUGAAAUUUUUGAGAAUUUUGAAGAACUGCCUGUUGCAUCUGGAAGUAUUGCCCAAGUGCAUCGUGCUUCUUUAAAAUAUCGUUACCCUGGUCAGCAAGCAAAGCCCCUGGUGGUUGCAGUAAAGGUUAGGCAUCCUGGUGUGGGAGAAUCUAUCAGAAGGGAUUUUGCUAUUAUCAAUUUGGUGGCAAAAUCAUCAAAGUUCAUCCAUGCACUUAAUUGGUUAAGGUUGGAUGAAAGUGUUCAGCAGUUUGCAGUUUUUAUGAUGUCUCAAGUUGACCUUGCUAGGGAAGCUGCUCAUUUGAGCCGCUUCAUUUACAAUUUCCGUCAAUGGAGGGACGUCUCUUUUCCUAAACCUGUCUAUCCACUUGUGCAUCCUGCAGUUUUGGUGGAAACUUAUGAAAAUGGUGAAAGUGUCUCACAUUAUGUUGAUGAGCUUCAAGGACAUGAAAGGAUUAAAAGUGCUCUUGCUCAUAUUGGUACUAAUGCACUUUUGAAGAUGCUUCUGGUGGACAACUUCAUUCAUGCAGACAUGCAUCCCGGAAAUAUCCUAGUACGGAGCAAGCCUCAGAGACGGCUCUUCAAAUCAAAGCCGCAUGUAAUUUUCCUUGACGUAGGCAUGACUGCUGAACUCUCUGGUAGUGAUAGGGUAAAUUUAGUCGAAUUUUUCAAAGCUGUUGCCCGCCGAGAUGGUCGGAGGGCUGCAGAGUGCACACUCAAGUUAUCAAAGCAACAGAACUGUCCAAAUCCAGAGGCAUUUAUUGAGGAAUUGGAAGAUUCAUUCACUUUUUGGGGCACUCCAGAAGGUGACCUGGUCCAUCCUGCCGAGUGCAUGGAGCAAUUGCUCGAGAAAGUUAGGCGUCAUAAAGUUAACAUUGAUGGCAAUGUUUGUACUGUCUUGGUGACCACCUUGGUUCUUGAGGGUUGGCAGCGCAAGCUUGAUCCUGGGUAUGAUGUGAUGAAUACGCUGCAGACAUUGCUGCUUAGAGCUGACUGGGCAAAGUCUCUUUCGUACACAAUUGAUGGGCUCAUGGCCCCUUGAAGAGGAGGUUUCUUUGUUUGUUUAGACUUAAAAUUUUUUUGACCAAAACCUGAAACAGGAUACGUACUAACGGGCACUCUCAAAUUUGCCCAUUAUUUUUUCAUUGUCUUUUUGGGAAGCUUAUUCCAUGUAUUUUUGUUGAAUUCCAGCAGUUAUUACUGUGUGCCUGAGCAUCACAGUUUACGAGAAAAGCUUAAUAAAGCGGUCAAAUUUUGUUCCCAUUA